AUGCUGUUUGGAUUUUAUAUUCUGCUCAUGUUCAGAGUUGCACGAUGUGCAGACGAUCAGAUUUUUGUGACAAAGACUGUUGGUGUUGGAGAUGAUGUGACUCUGACAUGUACCCGACAGACAUCUGCAUACAAAACAACCACCUUGUUCUGGAUCAGGCUUGUUGGUGGAAACUUGCCUGAAUUCUUGGGAGGAACACAUAGUUUUGAUUAUGAUGGUGUUAAUAAGACUCCUCACAUUAUAACUAAACAACAGCCUGGGACAUUUGUCCUGCAUAUUAAUAAAGCUGAGUUAAACGAUACUGGACUUUACUACUGUAUGAAUGUAGACCGACUAAACAUGGCAUUAUUGAAAGGGACAUUUCUGAGGAUUAAAGGACCAAAACCUGACAUCACAGCCAUCAUUCAAGACUUUCCAUCUGAUCCAGUCCGUCCAGGAGACUCUGUGAAUCUCCAGUGUUCAGUCCUCUCUGAGAGUAAGACUUGUCUAGAAGAACCCAGAGUGCACUGGUUCAGAGCUGGAUCAGAUGAAUCUCAUCCCAGUUUUAUUUAUGCUCAUGGGAACAGUGCUGAUGAAUGUGAAAAGAGUCAUGAGGCUCGUUCUCCACAGAAAUGUGUCUACAGCUUCUCUAAGAACGUCAGCUCCUCUGAUGCUGGGACUUAUUACUGUGCUGUGGCCACAUGUGGGGAGAUAUUAUUUGGAAAUGGAACAAAACUGGACAUUGAAGCUUCAGUCGUUAGCGGGUGUGAUUUACAGAGGGCCAACACAAUUAUCUACCUGCUGUGUGCUGCUUUGGCCAUAAGUCUGGUUGUAACAACCUUCCUCAUAUAUUGCAUCAAGAGAAAAUCUUGUGAUUGUUAUAACGAGAAAUGA